AUGUCGACGGACCAAGCAAUUUAUGAAGAAGCAUCGUACAGCACUGCAUAUGAUGAUAGUGAUCAGUAUAAUUCUUGCGACGUUAAUGUUCCAUCGAUUAGUGAAGAUGACACACAACAUGUCGACAAGGGGAAAGAAUCUGUAAACAUUAUUCAAGUAGAGGACGAUGCAAUGGCAGUGAAUAAUGAGUUACCCGAUCACACUAGAAUUCCAAUAGAUGAAAUUUCGUACGUAGGAUUGAGAUUUGUUUCCUUGCAGCGGGCACAAGAGUUUUAUUCUAAUUAUGCAAAGAAAGUUGGCUUCGUGACUAGGAUUAGGAAUACCAACUUUGACAAGACCAGGACGGAUUCAAAGAUACCCAUUAACCAAUUGUUACACUGUAGUCGUGAAGGUUAUCGGGAGUCUCGAGUGAAGGCAGCAACUCGGGUAAAGAGAAUAACAACAGCUGAAUGCAAAGCAAGGAUGUACGUGAUGCUUGAUAGGCAGCAGGAUAAUUGGAUGGUCUCCACAUUAGAACUGAAGCACACCCACCUGUGUUCUACCAAGCAAGUUAUGCAUUACACUGAGUACAGGGAACUGACCAUGCAUGCCAAGUGUGUGAUUCAGAACAACGAUGAGGCUGGCAUACGGCCCAACAAGACUUAUCUCGCACUGGCGAACGAGGUUGGUGGCUCGUCGAAUUUAGGUUACUCAGAAAAGGAUGUGAGGAACUACAUUACGAGCAAUCUGCACUGUGCUGAUGGAAACGCAGAUGUGAAGGAAAUGAUUAGCUAUUUCAUGCGAAUGAAAGAUAUCAACCCGAAUUUCUUUUAUGCAGUUGAUGUAGACGAAGCUAACAAGUUUAAAAGUGUGCUCUGGGUAGAUGCAAGAUGCAGGGCUUCCUAUGAAUAUUAUGGUGACGUGGCAUCGUUUGAUACAACGUACAGUAAAAAUAAGCACGGACUUCCAUUUGCAUCUUUUGUUGGUGUCAACCAUCACGGCAAGUCCACUCUGCUCAGAUGUGCUUUGCUGGAAAAUGAGGAAAUUCGUAGCUUUGAGUGGGCCUUUAAGCAAUGGUUGAGGUGCAUGGAAUCUCCCCCACAGGCCAUCAUCACGGACCAGUGCAAAUCCAUGUUUGGUGCUAUUAGGAAUGUCCUUCCAGAUACUCACCACCAAUGGUGCAUAUGGCACAUAAUGAAGAAGAUACCGCAUAAGCUUGGAGGAUAUGCUCGGUACAGAGAAAUAAAUGAUAGAAUGCAUGGCACUGUUUGGAAUGCCAGGUCUGUGGAAUCUUUCGAGAAGGAUUGGUCUGCAUUCAUUGCUGAGUUUAACUUAGAGCAAAACAGAUGGCUAUCAGACCUUUAUGACGAACGUCAAAUGUGGGUUCCAAUCUAUUUUCAAGGUGAAUUUUGGGUAGGUAUGAUAAGUACUCAACGAAGUGAGAGUAUGCAUGCCUUUUUCGGUGGUUACUUGCAUUGCAAGAGUGGACUGGUUCAGUUCGUGCAUGAGUAUGACAACGUGCUUGGGAACAAGGAGCAGAAGGAUCUGGAAGAUGAUGCUGCAGACUCUAAAGGAGUUGUCCCCUGUUCAUCAAGUUCUACAAUUGAAAGACAAUUUCAGCGCUGCAUUUCUUAA